AUGGUCGAGCAAAGAAAUCUCCAGCAAGAGGUAGAGCAACUACGACAGGACAACAUGGCGAUCAGAGCUUUGCUGACCAACCGUACGUCAACAGAUACAGAUGCAAAACUAAACAGAGACUGCAAAGACAUCUACCUUAAUGGACAAACGCAAUCUGGUGUAUAUAAAAUAAAUCCGUUAGAUAACGAGAUCCUGGUAGACGUGUACUGUGACAUGGUGACAGAAGGUGGUGGAUGGACAGCAAUCCAAAAACGAAGAAGCGGAUCUGUGAGAUUUAACAGAACGUGGGCGGAGUAUAGAAAUGGCUUUGGCAACCCAAAAGACUCUUAUUGGAUUGGUAAUGACGUCAUUCACAAGCUUACCAAGGGAAUAAAUCCUUCCCUAUACGUCUCAAUUACACUUCAAAAUGACACUAAUUUAUACGAAAUAUAUAACAAGUUCUCCAUUUCUGAUGAGGCAAGCCUCUACCUACUCUUUCUCGGGGGACCAGCUAUCGGGACCUUAGGUGACAGUAUGUUGUACACUAAUUAUUUUCGUGCUGUUUUGUCUGGGAUGUCAUUCAGUACACCAGACAGGGACAAUGACAGAUGGAGUGGUAGCUGUGCUGCUACAUGGAGAGGAGGCUGGUGGUUCAAUCAUUGCCACUAUGCCUUCCUGAAUGGUCCCUGGUAUCCAGAAGACUGGACCUUUGUCUGGCAUCCUACACUCUACGAUAAUUCCAAUGUAAAGGACACUUUAAUGAUGAUCAAACGUCACUAG